AUGUCUGAUCAGAAUUACUACUGGACUGUUUUGCCCAGCUACAAAACAAGUUUUGUGACUGGGGCCAUGAUGAAAAGAUCAAAAAGGUAAUCUGAUUUUCUUCUAUCAACCGACUUGUUGAACUAUUUUAAUCAGUGAUCAUGCAAGUUUUUAUGGAUGGGACCGUGCAGCCUAUUGAAUUAGGCAUUUUGGUUGUCUGAGUCAAAGCUUUAGCACAAGACUACAGGGACAACUAUUCAGGAAAAUGACGUCGCAUAUUUAAUAACCAUAAGGCUAUGUUUAAGAUUUCCUUCAGUUACAGCGUACAUUUUCAUUAACAACAAUAGCACAAAUUGGACCUUGUUUUCACGUUGAUGUUCAGUCUGGUUUCGUGUUGUGAUUUCUCUACUCUACAACAACGUGUCGGAUUACAUCCGCCCUAGUUUUGUUUCCGAUAGAGAAACGUGGCCAUUGUAGGCUAUGGGGUUAUUGUUGCCUAUGAUGUUUUGACUUACAGAACCCGCAGCUGUAUAGGGAGGGACUCCGUGUUCUUCAUGCAGAAGGCUCACAACAUGUUCGUUACAGUAUAGGAUAUAAUCUAGCAAAGAUAUAUAAGUAAAACUGUAUAAUUUAUUCAUAUUAAUAUUUAGUGAUAUUAACUUUAUAGAAAAGUCAGGGUAAACAUUUAAUAUUUCUUGGGUCUCUAAAUCGGAAAGCGUUCCACAGGGAUGCUGGCCAAUGUUAACUCCAAUGCCUCCCACAGUUGUGUAAAGUUGGCUGGAUGUCCUUUAGGUGGUGGACCAAUCUUUAUACACAUGUUGCAGUUCUUGACACACUCAAACCCGUGCGCCUGGCACCUACUAUUAUACACUGUACAAAGGCACUUAAAUCUUUUGUUUUGCACAUUCAUCCUCUGAAUGGCACACACACACACAAUCCAUGUCUCAAUUGUCUCAAGGCUUAAAAAUCCUUCUUUAACCUGUCUCCUCUCCUUCAUCUACACUGAUUGAAGUGGAUUUAACAGGUGACAUCAAUAAGGAAUCGUAGCAUUCACCUGGUCACUCUAUGUCAGUGUUUCCCAAACUCUGUCCUCGGGACCCCAACGUCUAGCCCUAGCAUUACACAGAUGAUUCAAAUAAUUAAAGCUUGAUGAUUAGUUUAUUAUUUGAAUCAGCUGUGUAGUGCUAGCGCAAAAACCAAAACGUGCACCCCUUGGGGUCCCGAGGACCGAGUUUGGGAAACACUGGUCUAUGUCUUGGAAAGAGCAGGAGUUCCUAAUGUUUUGUCCAGUCAGUGUAUGUGUCGUACAAGUUUGUCCAUAGCCUACUACAGUUUUUUUUAAAUCCUGCCGGUGGAUGUGGACAAAUCUCAUGGUGCGUCUGACAGCUAACACCAGCAGUGUCAACCGCCAAGCAUUCACCACAAUCUCUGUUGGUUCAUGACACAUCUGUCGGUCUACUAUUUGUACUUAGCUUCCUGAUGCAUGGUACUGUGCAAGUCCCUGCAAAGUCCCUACAAGCAAUACAGCUUGUUGUUUAACUGAGACCGAGAUAUACAUUAUUUAUAUUGCCUCAGAGCAUUGUGGUUAUGAUUUUGAUUUAAUCUUGGAAGGUUGUUUUUGCAAAUGAAAAUUGGUUCUCAAACAAUUGACCUGGACAGAUCAAAGUUGGAUAAAUGUAUAUAUUAAUUACAUUCAUUUUAUUACAAGGGGAUCUUUUGUGUUUUCAGUUUAGUUCUUCUAUUAAACAAACAUCUCUCCCAGUUCAUGGCUUUGGUUUGAGGGGCAUGAAUCUGAUCUCCAUGCCGACCCAGAAAUGUCAGGCUUAGUUGUCGUCUGAGCUCCUCAAUUACUUUAGGUCACUGCCAACGAAAUGGCAUUGGUAUUACAGUGGCCCUGUGGCAGCGCAACGUCAACAAUGGGGCUGGGGAUCAGUCAUCUACGAAACAAACAAACUGAAAAUGAGUUCCUUCCAUUCUGUAAAUCUACCCCGGGCCAUGGAGACAUGGAGCCUGGUGGGGACACACCUGCAGGCGCCAUAGCCUUCCAAGAACAGAGACAGCGUUCUUAACUAAUGGACUGCUGAGCUGACUAAUUUGUGUUAAACAAAAGUUGUCCAAUUGAACCAAAUUAGAUGGUAAUUCUACUGCCUACGAUGUGAGGUAGGGCUACAAGCCAAAAACAAGAGCUCCAAAUUGUUUUCCAAGACAACAUUUAAAUUAGAAAUGAAUUCCACAAACGUGGUGAAAUGUACAUACUGUAUCAUUCAGGCCAAAUAAUCAUAACACCUGCAUGUUACAACCAAGCCCCAAUAUCACGACUCGGUUUACAUUCCACUACUCUAAUGUGUCACACAAAACAAUUCUCUCCCUUUUCCACACAGUUGCCGUAACAACAAGAGAAGGAGUCUGGCAGUCGGGACCCCAUCGCCCACACUCUCACGACCUCUCUCACCUCUCCCCCUCGCCACA